ACUGAGUCUUUUGCCUUUUCUCCCAUCCUGGCAGCAGAAUUUUUUGAUGAUUAUUCCGAGGGGCGAGAAUGUGUCAACUGUGGGGCCAUGUCCACCCCGCUGUGGAGGAGGGACGGCACGGGGCACUACCUCUGCAACGCCUGCGGGCUCUACCACAAGAUGAACGGCAUCAACCGGCCCCUGUUCAAACCCCAGAGGAGGCUGUCAGCGUCCCGCCGUGUUGGGCUCUCCUGUGCCAACUGCCACACGACCACCACCACGCUCUGGCGCAGGAACGCCGAGGGGGAGCCGGUCUGCAACGCCUGCGGGCUCUACAUGAAACUCCACGGGGUCCCAAGGCCUUUGGCCAUGAGAAAAGAGGGAAUUCAGACGAGGAAACGCAAGCCUAAGAACCUUAACAAAACAAAGGCACCAACAGGCCCAUCCAGCAGUGAGAGUCUUACCCCGACCACCAGCUCCGCCAGCAGCAGCAGCAGCACCACGACCACCGAGGAAAUGCGCCCCAUCAAAACAGAACCCGGGCUCUCAUCUCACUAUGGGCACCCCAGCCCUGUCUCUCAGGCAUUUUCCGUCUCUGCCAUGUCCGGACAUGGAUCAUCCAUUCACCCUGCGAUCUCAGCUCUGAAGCUUUCCCCCCAGGCUUACCAGUCAGCCAUGAGCCAGUCUCCCCAAACCAGCUCCAAACAGGACUCCUGGAACAGCCUGGUGCUGGCUGAGAACCACGGGGACAUCAUAACUGCAUAACCUGGCCCUUUCCCUAUGAACUCCAGGCUGAUCUGCUUGAGAGAUGAAGAAGAUGCCAAGUAAUCAUCAAGUCAAUGUUGUCUCCACCUCCCCUGCUCUCCUGCCUUCUCUUCCCUUGUGAGAUGUUCCAGCAAAGAGGUAAAGAGAACUUAUCCGAGGUGUAGGGGAGCUCUUAUGAAAUGAACAGAGAAGACUCAAAUCUCAGAGUAACUCAAGGAUUUGAAGCCUUUUCCCCCACUUUAAAUGAGCCUCUCUAUUUGACCGUCACCACUUCCUAUGAAACAGCCAGAAACACAGAGAUGGACACAGUUCUUGAGUUUAAUUUAACAAUAUCUGGCAUUUUAAGACUCAGACAAUGGUGGAGCAGAGACACUUCUGUCACCACUCAUUCUUUUCCCAAACAGAAGAAAAUGCCAUUGUCUUCUCAUGACCCAAAUUCAGUGAUCUUCCACCAAACGGAGCCAGUUCCAGGACAGUUUGCUGAACAGACUUCGAGAUUCUUUAGUGGCUUUAAUGGAUUUGAUAUGAUGUAGGGCAGAGAAAAAAAGAGACAUUCCCCUUCCUCCUCAGCUCACACAUGUAGAGCAUUGUCUUCAUUUUCCUAGAUGGUCUGGAAAGCUCAUGAAUGUCUGUAUUUAAUAGUAACUCCCUUCCUAUUUAUCACUACGAAAUUGUGGGACUGUGUUUCCAAAAGGUUGUUGGCUGAGCCUGGAGUAGGUCUGUCCAAAGUCAAAAGGGGGAUUUUGGAAGAAGAAACCUUCUGGAAGAAGGUUGAUGAGACCCAUGCUGGUCAUCAAAUCCUGGGGGAAAUGGCUGGGCUCUUCCCUGAUGUAUAGUGACUAGCCAGGCUUAGAGAUGAUUCAAGAGCACAGCAAGUGAAAGAUGCUCUUCUAAUGCUGCUGUGCCAUUGCUUUUCAGACAGAUAAUUUAAUUAUUUUGCCUGUUUUUAUGUUGGUUUGGAUGCCACUGAUGAAAUCUGACUGUCACUUAUUUUUGGCUGUACUGUGCCCACUUUCCCCCUAACAGCUGGCUCGUGACCAUUUCCCACAUCUAAUCCUUUAGGAUUUCACCUUUUGCAAUAAGCAGUGGCUUCAUCCCCUGCUGGAGGUGGCAGGGGCCAUUUUCUUUAUCAAGCAUGUGCACAGACUUGCCUGCCUGCAAGAGAAGCACAACUCCAUUAAACAAGACUUGACUGUUUCCUUGCCCAUAAGGCUCUCACCUACCAGGGAAUCCUGGCAAAUGGAGUUGGAAGAGAUGUUAAGAGCCCAAUGACUCAUUCCCUUUUCCCAAAGGGAUCAGUCCUGCUUAAUCCAGCCCUGACUGCUCUGCCUCUGGUUUAACAAACUCAAACUCCAGCACUGCAGGCGCCACAGCUCCCCUGGGCAGUCCAAGUGCUUCACCAGAUGCUUCCCAUGACGUUUGAAUCAACAUUUCCAAGGAAGGACAGCUUUGCCUGUCCAUGCAGAGAGUUCCUGGGAGACCUCAUCCUGCAAGAUUCUUCACUCUUGUUUCUGUCUGCUCCCAAGCUCUAUUACCCUUCUUGUCUUCCCAGCUCCUCUCUUUUCCUCCCCGCAUCCAGAAUUCGCGUACAGAACUACCAAGUGAAAAAUCUCUAAGGGGGAUUGUGCAGCCCUCCCAAACGUGCCACCCUCUGUCUCCCACUGUUUAACAUUCCCACAAGGAGUGUUCUUCCACACAACCUAAGGCACAUGGCCUGGUGAAGAGGAGAGCCACGGACAGGUUUGAAGCAAAAGAAUGGCGUUGUGUUGUCUGUUUGAACUCAUUCUUCUCCUGCCGGUGGUGUAAAAGCUUCUCUAAAGAGAAGGAUUCAACUGGACUGGUCGUGACUGGAGAGUCUUGGACCCUCCCACAUUCCCCAUUCUCUCCAUAGCCCAGAUUUGCAGGAUUUUGGAGGUGUGACAGAGCUUCCACACUCCCUAGAGAAAAACACUAUGGCAAUGAUGCCAUGAGGACAGCUGGGUGGUGUUUACACCAGUUCCCACUCUGUCUUUUGGAGCUAAUGCAGUGUGUUAGCCUCAUUAGUGCUAAUUACAAAUGAGGGAAAGACAUUCAUGAAACAUGAAUAAAAAGAAAUUUAAGUCUUUGAUUUUGUUCAGACCUGCUAGGCUUUAGAGAAAAGGCCAGAAACAGAACUGAAAAAUAUGAAUUUGAGGUGAAAACACAAAGGUGUUUCCCCAUUGGCAGGAAGAUCUUUAGCCAAAUUCCUCCUUGAAGUAAAUCCCUUUGUAAAGGGCAGUUGAGCUCUCCUGGUAUCUGGCUGUGAAUUCCUGGCCAUAACACAGCAGCCUGCACCACAAAAUGCCACGUGGCUCAUGCCAGCUUUUGAGAUCUCCAGAACUACCCUGGAAAGCCCAAGAGUGAGUGGAGCCUCCUGGAGAGGAUUAAACGUCCAGACCAACCACACCCCCAUUUCUCUUUCCAUCUGGAGGCUCACAGGGGUUCUGUCUACCUUCCCUUCCCUAUUGCUGUGCUCCUUCUUCCCUCAAAGCCAAAUUCCCCAGUGGAAUUUUUCUCCUUCCCUUAAAACCCACUCAGAGAUGCCAGAAAGAAUUCUGCUUGUAAUGCCAGAAGGAAAAAUCCCUGAAGAACGUAUCUGCCUUAUGUCCCCUUAACAGAGAUUUAUGAACUGGAUUUUAGCCCUCCUCAAAGCCUGAAAAACAAUUCUUGAAACAGAGUGAGGAGCAUUCACAAGUCCCUGCUAACAGAACAAGACAUCUGUUUUCCAAAGGUGAAGUUCUGGGGGAUGUGAGGACAGCUUUAGGGGUAGAGGACAAUUCUACAGGGGCAGAAAUUAACUCUUUUAUCCCAUUAGAGACCCAUUAAGGCAAUGUAAUUACUGGUUUUAUUAUUGCUUUUAUUGCUGGAGAACCUAGUGAGAUCCAUACCAGGUCCUACACGAAUACAGGACCAAGAACUAUCCCUUCCCUGAGGAGCAAGAGGGAAGGCCCCACUCCUGCAAAGCACCUCAGUGCAUUUAAAAAUGCAUUUGUGGGAGCUGUUCCCCUUGAGAUCAUUCCUAAUCAGGAAAAUUUUGAUGCUGAAGGGUUUACAGCACAAGGUUUGUGUCAAACCAAACCUUGGCACCGGCCCAGUGGCCACCAAAGUGAGAUGGGCAGAUGAGAACCAGGACAGGGAGCCAAGAAAGGUCAUUUAACCACUUCUAAAUGUCUUUGCUCUUUGUGGAAGUGCAGUAUGUUGAUUCACUUCGGUUAUUUUUUUGUAAAUUGAUCAGACAAGGUCCACAGAUCACUUGCAAUCUUACGGGCUUGGAUGGAGAGGGUGCAAUCGGGAGGAGCUCAGGAAUAUUGCAAGGGAGCUUUAAAACCAAUCAGCAACUCUCAAUGUAACACUGAAGCUGUGACUAUGUCAGGGGUGUGGUGUUUUGUUUUGACUUUUUUUCUCCCCAUGUGUAAAGUUUGAAGCUUCCCAGGUCAUCUGGGAAGGUCUUACGGAAACAGACACUUAUUUGUAAGGGGGAGAGGGAACCAACCAACUGAACAAGCUGUAAUUAUUUAAAGAUGUAAAAAAA